UACAGAAUGUGUUAUUGCAAAAGUUGUCAUAAAAUACGAGGUGACAAGGCAGUCUACAAAAGAGGUGACCCGGCGAAAGAUUACGUAUUACCUUUGGGUUGGGCUCGUUUUCCCUUAAACGUUAGUGUGGUUAAGAGCUCAUAUCAUGUUGUAUUUCACGGCACUGAAACGGACUGUUUGGAGGACAUAUUGAAUGAUGGUUUACUUUUGCCAGAUGGUAUGACUACAAAUAUGCCACUUGGUAUGACGCACAAGUUGCUUUACAGGUUUGGCUUCGACCUGGAUCAUACAGUGUCAACCAUCAUACAAUCAGUGCCACACAUAAGAUUGAUGAGCAUAUUUCGAAUUCCGAAUUAGAAUGGUCCACCACUGACAGGUCUGCUGUUGUCCCAUAUGGGCUAUUGAUACAUUUAGGUUAGAGGACCAGACAGAAAAGGCUCAAACUUGUUUUCCUCUACAAGUAGGACACGAUCUAAUUGCGCCUGGAUUCUCCAUAAUUUAAACGUAAUAUGUAAUUAGCAUGCUGCUGGGACAACAUCACACCAUAUAUACCAGAGGUAUUGACUCAUAACG